AUGGAGACACACUCAGGAACCUACUCCCUGAUUGUCUCAUCCAGUCGCAGAGUGAGUGAGGGAUUUUGGCCACUCCUGCAGGUGGAGCUCUGGACUCCUGACACGGACUUUCUGCAACUCCUCACUGCAACACUUCUUUUUCCUCGGAUCCUGCUUUUUGUCCCAUUCAUCUGCUUCAAAAUGAUGCUCAUUCUGCUCGGCGUGCUUAUCCUGCACCUCAUCAUCCUUAUCCUCCUCAUAGUCUCCACCGCAGCCAGCGCAUGGAAGGUCGGGGGUGACGCCAGCACAGAUCUGUGGCACAACUGCAUGGCAAGCAAUGGAGGGGUCCACUGCAAAUCGGCCAGCAACGAAGAUUGGAUCCAGGCGGUGCAGGCUCUCAUGAUCCUGGCUGUCCUCUUCUGCUUGUUUUCUCUCAUCGCCUUCCUCUAUCAGCUCUUCAAAAUGGUCAAGGGUGGACGCUUCUACUUCACCGCCAUUUUCCAGAUAUUGAGCAGCCUUUUUGUGAUGUGUGCGGCCAUAAUCUACACGGUUAUGAGUCCAGAUGAUGCCAUGGCCUAUGGGUACGCUUACGUCCUGGCCUGGGUCUCGUUCCCCCUGUGUCUGAUCAGUGGGCUCAUUUAUAUUGUCCUGAGGAAGAAAGAAUGA